AUGUCUUCCGAUUACUUGUGUGUAAAAAUUGCCGAAUAUCUGUCCGGUUUAAAAACUGAGCAUAUCAUGGCGGCCACGCUUAUUUACCAAGGGUUGGAAGAGAACCCGUGGAUUAGCAAGAAUGAACUGAGGGGUAUUGUGGAUAGAGCAGUUAAUUUGGUAAAAAGAUCAACUACUAUGGAUUUUGAAUGUAGUGGAAGACUUAUUCAAAUUAUACCACAGCACCUUACAAAGUUCCAUUCACGUAGCCAGGCCGUACCGGAUAUAGCUUUGUAUUAUUCUGACUGCCACGUGUUCGAUAUCGCAUUUGAUUCCAUUCAUAACUUGCUGGAUGUUGGAAUAAUAAAAAUGAACAAGGAAAAGCCUCUCACUUCAGAGCAGAUCAAUUAUAAUAUAAAUAAAUUGAGAGGAAAACUCGCAAACGGUACCUCAAAACUCUACCAAGAGUUAAUUGUCAUUUUGAAUGAUGCUUCUACUUCGAAACUGAUCUGGCGAGACCCCCUAGCUAUAAUGGAUCUAUAUGUUACCGCAAAAGCUAAAUCCAUCUCAUUUAAGAAACCAGCCAAAGAAAUGAUGCCAGAAAUAAUACCUCCUACGAUACAAGAAGAAUGUAAUAGAUUUGUGUCGAAUUUUCCAACAAGGAGUGUAUCGAGAUUACCACAUGGGUUAUCACAUACUGGGGACUGGAAAGAAAGUGAAGAAAAACUUACCGAAGUUGCAAUAAAAAUUUUGGAGACAUUAAAAAUUAUUUGGUGUAAUCCAGCCUUCCAUCCUGAGUUCGUUAAGACGUUAAAUGAGGGUACCUAUAUAAAUAAUGUAGUUGUUCCAUUAAUUUACGCCACCUUAUUUGAUAAUCCUUUUGGAGAAUCAGCAUUUAUCACCACUUUUAAACGCCAAAGUAACGCAAGCGUGGAUAGGAGAGGAGAUGGGAAAAUGGGGAGGCGACCCGACAUUAUGUUUGUAAGUAAGAAGGAUGAUAAAUUUUAUGAACUAAUGUAUGCGGAAUGUUCUCAAAUUGUUCAUACUAAGCAAAAGGAAGACGAUGAUGAAGUGAAGUUAUGGCGUGAAGCUAAUGAUGGGAUGUUCUGGGCACAUAAAAGUCGCAGAUUGGAAAAGGGACAAUUUGGCAUUAUAGGAAUACAGGUAUUAGGGCAUGUGCUACGUUUGAAUGUACUUAUUAGAGAUGAUGUUGAGGUGCAUCGGUAUUAUAAAUUGCGAGAAUCGGAGAUCCCCAUUCAUUAUUCUAACGAUCCUUUUGUUUUAGCUAAGCUUAUAAAUACUUUACUAAUUUUUCGAAAUGUACUAAUAGUAAACAUGUCAAUAUUGCGCAGUUCUCGCUUACGAAGAUCAAGUAGAAAUUUAGGUAGUUCAACUGUAUCGACUGAUAUAGAAUAG